UGCCUUACAACGCAAGAAAUCUUUAUUCCGAUUUUUCGGUCGUAAACGACAAGCUCAUUCCGCUGGUCUUCCUGCGGAUUGCCUAUAUGAUAUUUUCAAUCUUCUCAAAGAUGACAUUAAGUCACUUCACUCUUGCAUUCUUGUUAAUAGACUUUGGUGUGAAACAGCAAUUCCUUAUUUAUG